AUGUCAGGACACCACCAUCAUGGCCAUGGUGGCCACUGCCACGGGGAAGACGGCCACGAUCAUUCCAACGAUAUCACCCCCGCGAUCCAGUCCCUUUUGUAUUCGCAGAUCGAUUUCGAUUCAAUCACAACCCUCAACGCGCAAUGCACAGAGGCUACACCCAAGGCCGGAGCUGCCAUUGUCCAGAAAACUUGGGCAGAGAGGUUGAAUGAUGCGCCGGAGCUCGAGAGUGACGCCGACGAGCAGUUGCUCAUGUACAUUCCGUUCACCGGCCAGGUUAAAGUACACUCUCUCCUCAUUUACACCGCGCCGACUUCCUCCGCUCCUAAGACCUUGAAACUCUUCAAAAACCGCGACGACCUUGACUUCUCAACCGCCUCCGAGUUCUCCCCGACGCAAACCGUUGAAAUCCCGCAGCCAGUGGCCGGCGCCGAUGUCUUUGAAUUACCCUUGAAUCGUGCUCACUGGAACACAACCACCUCCGUCACCUUGUUCUUUGAAGACAAUUGGAGCGAUGGGGAGGAGGAUGUCACCAAAGUUGGCUACAUUGGCUUCAAGGGUCAAUUCAUGGCGUUGAAUCGCGAGCCUGUCAGCUUCUUGUAUGAGUCUGCGGCUAACCCCAGUGACCAUGUGUCCAUACCCGGUGUCAGCGGUGUUGGGGGCAGGAUCAUGCCUGGUCAGUAA